CCUCGACGCCGGACAGAGAGGCUGUUAGGCGGUGAAAGCCCCGCCGCUGCUCGCUGUGAUUGGCUCCGCGUGUUCAGCCUGCCUCAUGGGGAGCGACGGAAUCACCAGAAAAGCUUGGUGGUGUUAGGAGACGGGAGAGCUCACCGAGCUAACGCUUCUCCUCGCGCUCCAGCGUCCUUUUGUCUCACACACCGAGAGAAAAGUGGAUUCUUAUCUGAGGAGUAUCAGUGGAGCAGGGCGAGGAAGACUCCACUUAAGAUGAGGAAGAGCAGAAGCGUGCUGAGCGUGUCGCCCGAGGACAGUAAAGGGACUCCAGACUGCGCUCUUAGUGAAUCCUUCACAUCUUCAGGCUGCACGCUGGGGGUGGACUUGCGGCGGGGGCGGCGGCGCUUCUCUGGCAACCUGCAGCUGCCCCCACUGUCAUGGAGACAGGCAGAGAGGUCCCGCACCCCUGAUGAGGAGAUUGUCUGCCGGCCCACCACGCUGCCCUUUAUCACACCCCGCAUCGACAUCACACCUGUGGACUCUGAGUGUUUCGAUGUGGAGAAUGGGCCAUCGGCAGGCUGCAGUCCACUGGACCCUCAGGCCUCUCCCGGCUCCGGCCUGGUCCUGCACACCAACUUCCCCGGCCAUAACCAGCGGCGAGAGUCCUUCCUCUACCGCUCCGACAGCGACUAUGACCUGUCGCCCAAAUCCAUGUCCCGCAACUCCUCCAUCGCCUCAGAGCUGCAUGGGGAUGAUCUAAUCGUCACACCUUUUGCUCAGGUUCUUGCCAGCCUCCGAAGUGUGAGAAACAAUUUCACAGUCCUGACUAAUGUACAGUGCACCUCAAACAAGAGAUCACCUGCAACCACCCAGCCCCCCAUCACCAGAGUCUGCCUUUCUGACGACUCAUACCAGAAGCUGGCUGUGGAGACCAUGGAGGAGCUGGACUGGUGCCUGGACCAGCUGGAGACCAUCCAGACGUACCGCUCAGUCAGCGACAUGGCCUCCAACAAGUUUAAGAGAAUGCUGAACAGGGAGUUGACGCACCUCUCAGAGAUGAGCAGAUCUGGCAACCAGGUGUCAGAGUUCAUCUCCAACACCUUCCUAGACAAACAGAACGAGGUGGAGAUCCCUCCGCCCACACCGAAAGCUCGUGAGAAGAAGAAGAAGCAGCAGUUGAUGACUCAGAUCAGCGGUGUGAAGAAAGUGUCUCAUGGGCCCAGUCUCAACUGUGGCAUCGCCCGCUUCGGUGUCAAAACUGACAAGGAAGACCUGCUGUCUAAGGAGUUAGAAGAUCUGAAUAAAUGGGGCUUGAAUAUCUUCACCGUGUCAGAGUAUUCCAACAACCGGCCUCUAACGUGCAUCAUGUAUGCUAUCUUCCAGGAACGAGAUUUGCUGAAGACGUUUAAGAUCCCAGCAGAUACAUUUGUGACAUAUAUGAUGACACUGGAGGAUCACUACCACUUAGACGUGGCUUACCACAACAGUCUUCAUGCUGCCGACGUGGCUCAGUCCACACAUAUUCUCCUCUCCACACCUGCCCUAGAUGCUGUCUUCACGGAUUUGGAAAUCUUGGCUGCCAUUUUUGCAGCAGCCAUCCAUGAUGUAGAUCAUCCUGGUGUUUCUAACCAGUUCCUCAUCAAUACAAACUCUGAGCUGGCCCUCAUGUAUAACGAUGAGUCAGUGCUGGAGAACCACCACCUAGCCGUGGGCUUCAAGCUGCUCCAGGAGGAGAACUGUGACAUCUUCCAGAAUCUCACAAAGAAGCAGAGGCAGUCACUCAGGAAGAUGGUCAUUGACAUGGUACUUGCCACAGACAUGUCUAAACAUAUGAGCUUACUAGCUGAUCUGAAGACUAUGGUGGAGACAAAGAAGGUUACCAGCUCAGGAGUGCUGCUUCUGGACAAUUACACAGACAGGAUACAGGUUCUCCGGAAUAUGGUGCACUGCGCUGAUCUGAGCAACCCAACCAAGUCUCUCGAGCUGUACAGGCAGUGGACGGACCGCAUCAUGGAGGAGUUCUUCCACCAAGGUGACCGUGAGAGAGAGCGAGGGAUGGAGAUCAGCCCCAUGUGUGAUAAACACACAGCCUCAGUGGAGAAAUCACAGGUUGGUUUCAUUGACUAUAUUGUCCAUCCGCUGUGGGAGACGUGGGCUGACCUGGUCCACCCUGAUGCCCAGGAUAUCCUGGACACGCUGGAGGACAAUCGGAACUGGUACCAGAGCAUGAUUCCCCAGAGCCCCUCCCCACCCUUCUACCAGGCCGAAAAGGAGGGCCACGGCGGGGGGCCGGGGGGCGAAAAGUUCCAAUUCGAGCUCACCCUGGAGGAGGAGGACUCGGAAGGCACGGAAAAAGAUGAGCAGAGUCAGGGAGAUGAGGAAGAGGAGGAGGAGGAGGCAGAAGAAGAGGAAGAUCGGGGGGAGGAGAUGGAGCCGGUUUCCACACACAUCCAGAUCGUGACUCAAGACGCCUCACCAGUGGACACAUAGGACCUCGCUGCCCGCGUUAGUGGGUAGUAACCAUUUUUUCCUCGCAACCUUGCAGUUGAUGCUUUUUAACGAAGCCCAGAGAGGGGGCUUUUUUUAGCCCUCUUGGGAGGAGGACGACUGGCCCGCCUUGCACUUGCGUAUGGAGCCAGUUUGGGUGGAGUGCUCAGGAAAUAAAUGCUGCAGACAUUUUGGAGCUGAAUGAUUGACAGGUGACUGUGUGAAACAUGAAGGAACGGGGCCAACUGUAGACCUUUGUUUGUCUAGCAGGGCGAACAUUUAUGAGGAAUCAACACUACUGAGAGGACUGGAGUGUUUUUUGUACCAAGUGACUUUUUUUUCUAAAGCUAUCUAUGGGGAUACGUCGGGGUAGCAUACGAACUACUGAUGAACAAGUAUUUGUAAAGAAAGAAACUGUUUACUUUUCUGUACCAUUUGUCUAAAGACUUUGUGUGCCUUUUUUACUAUUGUCUUUUUAAUAGUCUUUUUUAUUUAUUGAAAACACUUUAGUAUAACUGUACAUGAAAAAUGUUUUUUUGUUUUGUUUCGUUUUCUAAAGGCAAACCAGACAGCUUACCUGCAGAAUCAUUUUAUAAGCCGAAGAGAAAACUCAGUGUCUUCCUUUAUAUUUGGCAAUAUGACUAAAUAAUCCAAAUGUCUGACAUAUGUUCAGAAAACUUAGAAAUGUAUAUUCCAGUGAAAGAUGCACUUUGUCAUUUUUAAAAAUUUUGUCUUUUUUUUUUUUUUUU